GGAAUUUCAGGAGCAAUGCGGCUGGUUCGGGUGCUCCCGCAGCCCUCAUAGUGCAUCCAUUUUGCCCGCGCAAUGAUUUCCACUGAAACUUCUGGUACAGAAAAUCAGUGAGAAAAAGUAUCGCCUGAUACUCAGCCUCAGGUGUCACUUUAUAUAUUUACACACAACAAUUAAGGCUCGCUACAUGUCUCCUCGUAUACGUACACUACUUAGAUGAGAUUGGAAUGUCCCCUGACCCUUCUCGCCACACCAACUUCACGUGAGCUGUUAUCGGUCGAUUCUUUUUUCUUUCUCUUUUCUCGAGUCAAUUGUUUCGUCUUGCUUGACAAAUUCCAACUGCUUUAAGAUUGUAAGUACGUGGCAAGAGCAAAUAAACGAAAAAAUGAGCGUGGAUUCGAUGAUAUGGAUCACACUGGCCCCGGUCACCGAAAACGCUAAAGCCCCAGCGGAAACUUGGGAAACCUGGACAGAUGACCACUUUUAUGAUACUUUCAAGAUAAAUGCGUCGCUCGCUGCGUUUUCGGCAUGAAAGCGAAUUGCGCAACUCCCCAUGGCAAGAUCUCUAUGAAACUUGUACUUGCGACGAUUUGUAUUGACGACAAGCAGCAAGGGGAUCAAUCCUGAGUUUGAUGCCAUGCAUGACAUGAUGCCCCGAUCAUGCCGAGCACGGCGGUAGCAGGCAGGAGAAUUUUGGGUGCUCAGAAGCACGAAUGAUUCUUGCUGUCGGUUCACUUGGUGUUGUUCAUUCCAGACCUAGCAGCAGUGCGACAGCGUUUUUGUUAAGUACUGAUACAUGGGAAGCAGAGCAGGGUAUUCAUUCGUUUGCGGAUGGCGAAGAGCCACCAAGAUACCAGCGCGAUUUGAAUCGGCCACGGUGCGCUGUCGUGCGGUGUCGAGAUGCGGACGAGAAAGACCGGCUGCUUCGUACCUUGAGGAAUCCGCGUUGCAGGUUACUUGCGUCGAAGCGCUGCACUGCGACCGACUACAAGGAGCGGCCCGUGAGUGAUGAGGAGAAUCAUGGAGGGGGCGGCGCGACAGGUAGCUCCGCGGCAUCGUCGUCGCGCGGCGCCAAAACGAAACGGGAGGCCGCAGCGGAAGCCGGGGGUUCGGGCGACACAAAGAAAAGCAAGAAGGCACCGAAAGCGGACAAAAACGUGGCUGGUCAGGUAGAGGAUGCGGUCGUGCAGGAGGGGAAGGAGAAGGCUAGCAGCAGCUCUAGUAGAAAGGCAGGGGAAGAGCUGCCCGAAAACGAGAAGAUGAAUAAAGGCGAGCAUGGUACUGCAUUUCUUUUGUUUAGGAGCCUAUGACAGGUGCUUGUAUGUGGUGGGGCAAAUAAAGUAUCAUUCCCCGAACCUGACUUUGAGUUUUCACGUUGAAUCCGAAAUGAUGACGUUCAUGUGGUUGGUAAACAACAACUCGUAGUAGCGAUCUCUCUGUAAAAAGAUCUUCGUCUUGCAACGGUUCCACAAAAAUUUCUUUCAAACAUACAAGGUGAAGGUUCGCAAAAGUCCGUACCUCUGCAGAGCGUCGACUCGUUAUUGGACCUGAGUCAAAAGCACGCGAAGGUAAAGCUGGCGGAGUUGUUGGGUGUCGAUGUUGGCAACCUCAAGCUGGAAGGAUGGGACAGGCGCGAGGAGCUAAUCAUCGCCAGGAUCCUGCGGAACGCGUUCCCCGCCUCCGAUGCCCCCGUCAUCAAGCAGCGCAUAUCGGAAAGGUCAGAGGAGGAGCUCCGAAAGGUCUCGAGCCUCAUUGGGCAGCUCGACGACCUGGCAGCAGAGUCGCCGGAAGCGGACCGGGUCCGCGAGGAGUGCGAGAAGGUGCGGCAGAAUGUGGAAAAAUUUCUGCGGGUGCGGGGGCGCUACGCGGAGAAAGAAGGCAAAGCAGAUUUGGUACAGGGCAGCGCAGAACAGUAAAUGCCAUUGGUUUAUACUUGGAUCUGCUAGAAGUGGAUGUUGCAGCGAGCGCGCCGCUGCUGAUCGAGGGAAUUAUUGGCACCAGGGACGAGCAUGCAGAAAAUGGGGUCUGUGCCUGCAAGAAUGCUGCGGCUUUUUUCACCAAAGUAGAAGCGACACUCCUCGAGCUGGUUCCUGUGUCGAUGUGAACUUUUUCUUGUCUCGCCGAUUUUACCGAUGCCGCAACUUGUGGUUUCUAACUCAGCUGAACUUAGCUGGCUGCUGAUCCACUUGAGCUCUUUUCACCCUCCAUGCAAUUGCGUAGAAAAACGAGGAGAUCCCAUUUUCAU